GGUUUACUAGCUAACACAUCAAUUUAAAAAAAGUACAUUGUAAUCAAUAAAUUGAUAACAUAUUAGCAUAAAAGAAGCUUGCUAUGCACAAGCCACUAAUCCAAAGAUGGCGACGCAAGGUUUGGAUGUUGUAAGUUAAAGUACUCCAAGAAAUCAAGACUGUGAAAUAGAUAUUUUAACAUAUCUAAAGUAUAACUUACAUGCACAUGUAAUAAAGUUUAUAUAAAAAAAAAAUGAAUCAAUAUCCUGCUGGCCUUGUGCCUAUGAUGGUACCUCAGCAGUACAUGGUUAUGCCAGGUGCAGUCCAACUCCCUCCGGGAAUGGCGGGUCAUCAUCCCCAUGGAGCUUUACAGCCUGCCAUGCUACACCACCAACAAAUGGCAGCACAGGCUGCUGCUGCAUCUCAUGCAGCUGGUGCGCCUGUCAUGACUUCACCUGUUGUCACAUCAGCAACUUUUGGUGCUAUUGGCAUGAGCCACCAGGGCAUAAUGAGCAUAGCUGGCCUUCCACCCCAUAUGGCUGGUGUCAGCGGCCCUGUCAUGUCAGCCAUGGGUGGGGGAAUGUCUGCACUUCAUCAGGCAAUGCCUGGAGGGCUUGCCCCACCAUAUGCAGCUCUUGGCCCUCUGGCUGGUUCUCCUCUACCUUCUGGAUUGUUUGCACAGCAUCACCAAAUGCAGCAGCAGACUUCACAGAGUCAGCAGCUCCAUCAACUACAUCAACUUCAACAAUCAUCUCCCACUUUGCAGCAAGCUGCUUUAGCUCAAGAAAUGAGAAAGAAAGAGGAAGAAAAAAGUCAAAGCACUAGAUGGCAAGCUGACCCAGAAUGGGAUUUGGAUGAGCUGAACUUAGAUGAAUCUUUGGUUGUGUUAGAUCAUUUUAACUCUGAUCUUAAUUUGGUUUUAGAUCAAGAUGGAUAUGGAGCUACAGUCCUUAACAACCCCUCAGGGUUUUGUUUUACUUGGGCUGGUGCAAGAGCGACAUAUGGAGUUUGCCGUGGGAAAGUAUAUUAUGAAGUCCACAUAACUGAACACUUACCAACAGACUUUGGCGAUGACCAUGAGGAAACAGAUCCUCAUAUCAUCCGUGUGGGUUGGUCUAUUGACAGUUCAUCAUUUCAACUAGGUGAAGAGCCUUGGUCAUUUGGUUAUGGUGGUACCGGAAAGUUUUCAACUAAUAAUAGAUUUUCUGAUUAUGCCGUUCGUUUUGGUGAAGGAGAUGUGAUAGGUGCAAUGCUGGACUUAGAUUCCCGUCCAGCUUCUAUAUCUUUCAUGAAAAAUGGAACCUGGUAUGGUGUCGCUGCUCCACUGCAUGGAUUUCCAGUUGGCAGCAAAGAAAUGGCUCUGUUCCCACAUAUUCUCUCUAAAAACUGCAGAUUCAAGGUGAACUUUGGUCAGAUGGAUGCCUGGUUUCCGCCCCCUAUGGGCUUCAGAUACAUUGGACACCUGCAGUUGAUGGAGAGAGUUCGGGGUAUGACCCCUCCUGCCAGAAAAUCUGACUGUGAGAUGAUCAUGAUUGUUGGCCUGCCUGGAGCUGGGAAAACCACCUGGGCUAUCAACAUGCAGAAGACUCACCCAGAGAAGCGCUACAACAUCAUUGGGACUGACACUUUGAUUGACAAGAUGAGAGUCAUGGGCUUGCCAAGGAAAAGGAAUUAUGCUGGCAGAUGGGAGGUGCUAAUUGAAAAGUCCACAAAGUGUCUCAACAAACUGUUUACUAUUGCUGCCAAGCGCAGAAGAAAUUACAUACUAGAUCAGACAAAUGUUUAUGGAUCUGCACGUCGCAGAAAAAUGAAAAAUUUUACAGGAUUUUAUAGAAUUGCUGCAGUGAUUCAGCCGAAUGAUCCAGAGUUGGAACGUAGAUCUAAGAAGAGAACCCAGGAAGAUGGCAAAGUGGUGCCAGAAUCUGCAGUGCUGGAAAUGAAAGCCAAUCUUUCUCUGCCAGAAGAUAGAGACAACCUGUUUGAUCGAAUUGAUUUCAUUGAACUCCAGAAAGAUGUAGUCCAACAGUUGGUCAGGCAAUAUAACCAAGAAGGAAAGUCUAAACCAAGACAAGAUACUCAACCAAAUAGAUUUGAUGGUGGAAACAAAAAUAAAGGAGAUCAGAGGUCAUCAUUUGGAAGCUAUGGGUCUCAAUCCUAUGGUCGGUCUGGAUCUUCUGACUCACUUGGCAAGAGAGAUCAUUGGUAUGGAGAUACAGAUGAACCUCCAUCCAAGAGAAGCAAGUCAGAUCUAGGCAGUGCUCUUGAUCUUCUUAAACAGCAGUAUGAUGAAGAUGAUAGGCAGCCUCCUGCUGUAGCACAGAUUCCCUUGAGUACAAGACCAGUCUGGGAUGGUGCCAAAGUUAAAGAGGAAAUAACUCAGAGUCCCUCAGCUGCACAGUGGCCACCCACAGCUUUGCAGCCUGGAUACCCUGCAGGCUUAUUAGCUUCACAUGCUCAUCCUGCUGCUUUUCAGCCCGGAUUACUAGGAGCACCACCCCUCCCACCAGGUGUGCAGCUAGCCUUUUUGCCUCCAGGAAUGUCACCAUCUCAUGCCUCCGAUCUAGCUAGCCUAGCUCUCGCUGCUAAACAGGAGCACCCUGGUCAUGCUGUGGCUCAUGCUCAAUUGGCCCAGGCACAAGCUGCAGCUGCUGCAGCAGCUGUUCAAGGUCAUGUUUUAGUUGAUGCUUCAAAGCUGUCAGCAGGAAGCCCCUAUCAUUUACUAACACAGGCAACAAGCCAAAGUCUGUAUGGAGCAGCUCCUCCUGGGUUUGAAGCUGCCAUGGGUCAAGAUGUUGGUCGUCAAGCCUGGCAGCAAGCAGCAGAACAGGCUCAGGCAGCACACUUGCAAGCAACUGCUGCUUUGGCUGCUCAGCAGCAAACAUCUUGGCAAGAAGAAAUUCAAAAGCAGUCAAAGCAGUGGCAACAACAGCAGCAGCAAGAAAAAUCCUCCCCCUCCUUUUCAGAAUGGCAGAGUCAGCAACAAGAUGGACGGGAUGCUGAUAAGAGAGGAAGUGCUGGCAACAAGGAUUCAUCUUUUUCAAGAUCAGAUUCAAGAGACAGAGAUAGGGCUAGAGAUCGAGACCGUGAUCGAGAGCGUGAUCGAGACCGCAACAGAGACUCUUCAAACUAUGGAUACAACAGAAACAAAAAUGACAGAGGCUAUGAUCGAGGUGAUGGGCAAAACAGAGACGGUGGUUCCCAGCAUGAGAGUUCUUCUUGGAGUAACCAAAAUUUUGACUCUGGAUCAUCAGAUAGACAUGAUUAUUCAAGUCAAAAGUCUGAUAGGCAAAGAAGACGCAAGUCUAAAUGGGAUCAGCCUGGAGAUGAUGAAAGCUCCAAUGAUCAGAUGAAACAAGAGUCCGACAAUGACAGAUCUAGCGGGUCUGUUCCAGGCCUCUUUAGUCAGCCCCCUCCUGGAUUCCCAGCACCUUCAUUCACUUCUCCUUCUGAUUCAUCUGUUCGUGCUCCUGGCACUGCAGGACCAUCUGGCCCUCUAAGCAACAAAUCUGGUUCAUCAUUUGAUGUUAAUUUUUCUCGCCCACCUCCUCCACUGUUGGGCAACUUGAAACCAGAGUUUGGUUCAGACAACAAACAACCUGGUAAUAGUGGAGAUGGUCUGCUCGGGCAAGGACCAGGCCCCCGCCCACUCAUACCUGGUCUUCAAGGAUCCAAUUCUGGUCAGUUUCGUCCCAGACCAGCAUUUACUGGUCAGCCAUUCAGGCAUCACUCGCCUAGUGGAAAUGACACAUCACGAUCUAAAGGAAACGAUAGCCUUAGUAAAAGCCCGAGAAAAUCUGACCAGUCUUCUAAUGAUGAACCUAACAAAAGACCUUCACCUAAGCCACUAAUGAAACCUGAUGAGAGUAAGUCAGAUCAUAGUGGUGCUGGUAAACCUGGAUUGUUUCCUACUCCAGGGUCUGAGGGUGAUGCUCCUAUGAAAGGGCCUCCAUUUAGACCUCGAGGUCCACCUGGCCUCAUGGGUAGGUUCCCCAAUGGUCUACCACCACCCCUUGGUGGUCCAGGUAUGCUAGGUCCCGGUCCACCGCCUCCACCAGGCAUGGGACCUAGAGGUCCAAGAGGUGCACCAAUGGGACCCAGAGGACCACCACCAGGAGGUCCAAUGGGGGGUCCACCACGUGGGCCAAUGGGUGGCCCACCUCCUCCAAGAGGACCUAUGGGAGGUCCACCACCAAGAGGUCCCAGAGGACCUGGACCAUGGAAUCAGAAUCGUCCAAGAUUUGGUCCUAGGGGACCACAGGGCCCUCCAAGGCCUCUAUUUGAUGGUCCUCCAGGUAGAUGGCCCAGGCCACCAAGAUAAGUUAUUGUUAAGAUUACAUUUGUCAGCUUAUUUGUACCUUGUGUUUAAAGUAUUGCUCAUUAUUAUGUGUAGUGUGUUUUCAUUUGUUGAUUGUAGCAUUCCUAGUAGUAAGAUUCUUCAAUAUUAAGUGUAGAUUAGUUGCAAAACAUGUUAUUUUAAAAAUUUUUAUGAAAAAACAAACAAACAAGAGGAUAGCAAUUGAUAUCUGAUGUGUGAAUAAGAAGCAGUGUGUGUGUGUAUACUUACUUUGUAUCAUCUUAUUUAGAGUUCAGUUGAAUAUUUAUUGGUUGUUUUAAUGCCUUUUCUUAAAGACUUGUGAUGAUGGUGAAUUGAUUUUAUUUCUCUGUAUUUAUUUAUUGAGCAAUCAUUCAGAAAACUUCUUGAGCACAAAACUGCAUUUAUUUUGUUGAAAUUGUGCUAGCCAUGGUAUUGAAUUUUUAUUGAGAACAUCAUUUGUAAUGAUAUGAGCAUGAAAUGAUUUCAAAUAAAACUGGAUACUUCUGAA